CCACCCCAUUUCCAUCUCGUCUCCACCGCCGCCGGCCGCCGCAGCGACGCCGGUAAGUGUCUUCCCUUCCGCGAGCGCACCCGUCCUCGCUGCCCCCAGCCGUAUCGUCCGGCCGCCACCGGAGGGAGACGCCGGAGCCGCAGUAAUGGAGCGAGUCGGCGGCGGCGUGAAGCAGCUGGAGGACUGCACCGUGUCCAAUGCUCUAGGAACUUGGUUCUUCUCGGUUGCUGGUGCUCUUGUUGCUAUUCCUGUCGGCAUAAAGAAGAAAUCCUUAGCUCCUCUGGUCUUCUUUGGCACCACUGGAACCAUGCUGGACAUCAUCAUGGGCAUUAGCCAAUGUGAGAGGGAGCAUGCUGAGCGGCAGAUGAAGCUUUUGGAAGCUCAGAAACUUUCAGCCGAUGUUUCAGCUGAGAGUGGAAGCUCUGAUUCUUUUGGCAGUGUUGACAAGUAAAAUGCUUCUCUUAUUUUUCCCAAACUUAUGGCCUCACCGCUUAUGAUUGGAAUUGUUGCUCAGAUUCCAAUUUCAUGCCUUUGAACUUCCAAAAUAUAUCGUUCCUAUUUCCCAAUAAUGUGUAAUUGCGCAUUGAGAAAUGAUCAGUCAGUCAAAAGUGUGCCCCAGUUGCUAGUGAAGCAAUGGUGCAAUACUUUCUGAUGGGUGCACUAAAAGAUUUAACUCUUCAUCGAUACUGAACAUGUCACGGGCUUGCAGCUGCAAGACAUAAGCGAUGCUGUGACUGACAUAAGUUGUAAACUUGUUUGCAGUCACAUGAAGUACGGUUGGUGAAUUUCAUUCAA